ACCUUGAGGGAGUUUUUUUGUGUGAACAUUCAACUGAAGAUUACAAGGAAUAGAAACUUUGAAAGAAAAGUCACAGAUUGAUUUUUUAAAAACACCAAAAUUAGUCCGUCAAUCAGUUAAUACUAUUACGUGUUUAACUAUAGAUCAAAACAGCAUGACUGGACCCAAAGUCUUAAUAGUCAUCGUGUGGAUUUUAAAAGGUGCUGUAAGCAACAAAUGGGAUAUUAAGAUGCCCCAAAAAAUCGAUGUAAUGAGUGGCUUCUGUGUUCAAAUCCCCUGUACGUUCGAGAUCCCAGAUUCAUUCACAAAAUACCUAAACAAAUCUGUUGAAGCGGUGUGGAAAAAAACAGACCCAGGCUUGGGAUUAACAGUGUUUAGUUCAAAUAGCGUUGCGUCUGUUCUAAAAGGCAGAGUAACCGGCAACCUAUUGAGUAAAAAUUGCACAACGGUGUUUGAAAACUUCCCUGAUGGAUCCAAUGAUACAUACUUCUUCAGACUUCAAGGUCCCGCGCCCCUGAUGUACACAUUUCUGCAAGGUGUCAACAUCAAUGUACAUGCAGACUUACUCGCUCCUAUGUUGAGCCCUCAUAUUGAUGUGCUGGAAGUUUCAGAGGGCCAGAAUGUGACCUUGACGUGCUCCACUGUACUGUCAUGCCCCUCACAACAUCCUGUGAUGCACUGGAGCGUAACUCUGGGGGAAAAGAUCGACCCCGCCAUACAGGUGGAUGAAUUUGGACAGAUGUUGUUGGUUUCCUCUCAAAUGUUCAAUGCAUCAUCUCUAAAUGACGGGCUUAAGGUCUCCUGCUUUCUUGUGUACUCGCAGGAUGUCAGAAGACCUAUCGAGACCAGUAUUACCCUUAGAGUGUUGUAUACCCCCCAAAACACCAUAGCCCUGGCAAAUCCGCCAGGUCCAGUGUAUGAAGGCAACGUGGUGACGCUGAGCUGUCAGAGUGAUGCUAACCCUGCUGUCAAGCGCUAUGAGUGGUUUAAACAAACAGGAAAUGGGGAGUUAGUGUUAAAGGCUCAAAAGCAGACUUUGACAAUGAAAGUUAGCAGUAAUGUUCUGGGUCUUUAUGUCUGCAAGGCUCACAACAUUCAUGGGACCGACCAGUCGACAGUUGUGACUGUCGAUUUAAAAGGUUGUCCGUGCACCGCACCAUACAUCAUGUGUGGAGUUCUCACAGGUCUCCUAAUUCUCAUUACUGUUGUGGACUUAGUCAAAUAUAAAAGUUUGAUGAAGCAACUCAAGUGGGCUGAAGAUUUGAGAGGACAAAUGGCAUACGCAACCCUCAACAGGACCAAUGACUCCCACGUUUACAAUGAAAUACAGAUCAGGGCCAGCAGAACAGAAGAAGACUUUGUAAACAAAAACUAGGUCAAACAUCGAGAGCCUGAAAGCCCAUGCUUUGAUGAAGGUGUGGGUACCAGUUGUUCCUGUGUCGUGUCUCCAUCCUUACAUUUUUAUUAUUUGAGUGUGAAAGUCUGAAUACAUGAAAUUCAUCAGUUGCUGAUAUUUUAUACCAGAAGUGUCAUUUCCACAACAGAAUGUAAGAAUAUAGAAACUAUUUUUGUUUAUGUUUCAGAAAGCUGAACGUUUUUAGAAAAAUAUAUAUAUUGUCUUCAAUUAUAUUAACCCAAACUUUCUUUCCUAAAAGUCCUUUAAAACAACUCUUACAAUAAAUGUUACACAUUUGAUCUUCA